AUGUACUUCUUGUUGGCAUUUGUCCUUUAUAUCCUAAUCAUUACAGUCAAUUUAACUUUGAUCUUAACAGUGAUCAUGGAAAAAAGCCUCCAUGAGCCCAUGUAUAUUUUCCUCUCUAAUCUAUGUGUGAAUAGCCUUUUCGGAACUAUUGGUUUUUACCCUAAAUUUUUGCUGGACUUGCUAUCUGAUACUCACACAGUAACCUACAGUUGGUGCUUACUACAAGUUUAUGUGAUUUAUUCCUCUGUCAUUUGUGAAAUCUCAAAUAUUACAGUGAUGUCUUAUGACCGCUAUGUGGCAAUUUGCAGACCACUGCAAUACCACAGCAUUUUGACUCCACAUGCUGUGCUUAAACUGCUUGUAGUGGCCUGGGCUUGUCCACUUUUGGCAUCAUCAACAGCUCUUGUUCUUACUCUCAGAAUACCCAUUUGUGGAUCUCACAUCCGUAAAUUAUUUUGUGAUAAUACUUUAAUACUAAAGUUGGCGUGUUUUCAAACCAAAGCCAAUCAGGUAUGGGGCAUGAUACUAACUGCAGCAGUGUCUGAUGUACUGUAUGGCUGGGAGGGGUCAGAAAAGCUUUCAGUUAGUGAACGCAAUGCAUUGGCUAUACAGUUUUUGAUUUUUCCUCCACUAUUGAAUCCAAUAAUUUAUGGGCUUCAACUUCCACAGAUCCGAAAAGUAGUGUGCAGACAACGUUGUAAACACAAAAUUCUGUGUAAACUCAAGAGAUGA